UUUAUAUUUUCAGUUGCCGCAAUCGCCCAAUACAAAAAUAAGUAAUUAAUUUAACGUCAGUUAUUGAAGAGCCUGGAAAACAAUUGAUCAUAAUUAUGAAGUUAUAUUUAAAAGUGCUGAUUGGAUUAGCAGUAGCAGUUGUGACAGUUUUCACGCAAAAUAAUAAUUGCAUACUGACGGGAAAUUCUAUGGGCAAUCUCAGCUCUAUUCAGCAACAAUGCACUGAGAUUAUAAUAGAAAAUUUCACAUUGCCUGCAAAUGAGACUUUAUCGUUUAGAAAACUUAGGAACGGUACCACGAUAUCUUUCAGAGGACUUAUAAGCUUCGAAUACGUGGAAUCGCCUGAAAAUCUUAUUGUAGUAUCAGGGACAAAUAUUACUGUCAUCGGAGAACCUGGACACCUUUUCAAUUGCAGGGGCGAAAGGUGGUGGGACGGAUUUGGAGUAAACAGUGGCAAACUGAAACCGUUAUUUUUUCGUGCGAACAGCUUAUCCUAUUCGAAUAUCAGAGGAUUGCGCGUUAAAAAUACCCCGGCACGGGUCUUCGCUAUCCAGAGCUGCCAACAUGUCGUGUUUUCAGACAUCAUAGUAGAUAAUUCGGACGGGGAUGUAAAAGGUGGACAUAACACUGACGGGUUUGAUUUAAACGAAAAUAAUAAUAUAACAAUUGAAUACAGUCAAAUCUUUAAUCAAGACGAUUGUAUGGCGAUCAAUUCGGGUUCGAAUUGCUAUUUCUAUCACAAUCACUGUUCCGGUGGUCACGGUAUAUCGAUUGGAUCCAUUGGUAAUCGUAGAUCCAACGUGGUCCAAAACAUCCACGUUAAAAAUUGCACCGUGGUAAAUUCGGAAAAUGGAGUUAGAAUAAAAACUAUUGUUAACGCAACAGGUCAAGUGCUUGACAUCACUUACGAAGAUAUAACAUUAGCGAAUAUUACUAACUAUGGUGUACUGGUACGAGGUGACUAUCUAAAUACAGGCCCAACGGGACAUCCUUCAAAUGGAGUCGUUAUUAGAAAUCUAACACUUACCAACGUUCACGGCUGGGUACAAGAAAAUGCUGUUAACGUCUUCGUACUUCUUGGAGACGGCGUAGCUUCCAACUGGAAAUGGACCAACGUCAAUGUAACAGGCGGUCAUCAUGCGAACGUCAGUUGUAGUGGAGUCCCACCGAAUUCGGGAGUAGUCUGCUAAUCAAAACCAAAAAUUAUUUUACACUUACAUAAAAGUAGAAAAUAAAUGUUUUCUAAAAAUUUACCAUAUUCCCAAUUACCAUCUACGUGUCUGCUGUUUUUAUAUUUAUAUGAAUUAGGUUUGUAACAUUGUAGCUGGUACAUAAUAAAUAAAAAAAGGAUAAAUAAACA